AUGAUUCCUAGAAAUGAAAAGUGUGAAACUAAAGCUGUUAAAUUGGAUUUCCAGGUGAGAGAGACUCUGGCUGCAGAGACUGGCCUCAGCGUUCGUGUCGUCCAGGUCUGGUUCCAGAACCAAAGGGCAAAGAUGAAGAAGUUAGCGCGCAGACAGCAGCAGCAGCAGCAGCAGCAGCAGCACGGCAGUCACAGGCUGGGAGCAGAGAUGUUGUCUGGCUGUAUGGAGAGCCUGCUCAGCACCUUCUCAGGACCGCUACCUUCAAGCAGGCCUCAGCUGGAGACCAUGAAGCACUGUGGGUACAGCAUGGAGCACUUCAACCAGGGCCUCACUCCCCCUCAGAUGCCUGGAGAUCACAUGAACCCCUACGGUCUGGACACCAUCUUGCUGGACAUGGACAGUGAAACCUCGCUGACCAGUCUGAACGAGUCCUUCAUGGCCUUUCAAACUGGAGGCUUCAUACAGGAACACGGAGGAAACCCAAUGGACAGCCUCUGCUCCAUGCAGAGCUCCUACUUCGCCUCCUGAGGCCUGAUCAUUAUGGCGUCCUGCACCUGAAGAACCAGAGACUGAAAAGAUCUAGAAAUAAGGAUCAGUUUUCUGUCUGUUUAAAGAUCAUCUAGAGAUUCUGGUUUUAAAGCAUAGUUCUGAUAGAAAGGCCACUAAUGGCCGACGUCCCUCAGACCAUCAGGCCUGACUGAUCAACCUAUUUCUAUUUAAAUGUAAAGUAUGAGAUG